ACAUAAUUUUUGAAAAUGUCUGAUGUUCUUUUUGUUAUGGAUAAAAUCUUAACCAAAUGGGAUCGCAAACAAGAAAUAGUUGAUCUGUGGCAUUCCUUAGCCUAUCGGGCCAAAUCAAGACCGAAAUCUAAAUCAUAUGCCUUGAAUGUGAAAAAUAAAAUUGGCCCCGUAAAACGGAAAAGAGAUGCUUCACUUCAAGCUUGGAAAAACUCCUUUGGGCCUUCAUUACAAACUAUGCCUUGCCACAACAAAUGGAAACCAGCAAAUACUUCGAUAACUUACAGGAGAUCUUUUUCAAAUGAUGCCAUACACUUGGGUGCAAAGGACUGGAAUUGUUCAAACUAUUCUGGAAAUUGUACCAAACAAAACUCUAGACCCCUUCGAAGGUAUCAGAGUUCCCCUAUUAUGGUUCGACCUGCUACCCCUAUAAGACCCUCUGCAUUCCCACCCUUGAAAAACUUCAGUUGCCAAACACAAAUGGAAAGAAGUCAAAGUGAUAAAAUUGAUAAUAUUAAAGAGUCUAAAACAUCACAAGAAACUCCUCCAGUGACUUCUUCAAAUGUUCCAAUUUUCUGUUUAAAAUCUUAUUUAAAGAACUACACAAAAUUGGGGGUGAAUGGGUUUGAAGAAUUACGGAAGAUAGUAAAGCAGGGGGCUGAGUUUGCCAAAGAUGUGGCAAAUAUUAUGCAAGAAAGAGCUGACCUAGAGACAACAUAUGCAAAGGGAUUAAGCCGACUCAGUACGAAGAUCAUGAAGCUGUCUUCUAAUUCCAGCGGAAGUCUGUGUGAAGGCUGGAAAGCUACUUCUGUAGAAAUGGAAUGUGAAUCUGACUUCCACAAGCAUCUCAGUCGGGCAUUAUGGGAAGAAAUAUCUAAACCCCUGAAAACGUGGGUAGAAACACAACAAAAAACCCGUCGGCCGAUUGAAGCAAUGGUGGAGAAAGCUGUCCGUCAGUUGGCAGAUCGCAGAAACGAUGAAUACAAAACCAAAAAGAACGCCUUUAGUAUGUCGAGAGAUUUAGAAAAAUUUGAGGAGCAACUUGCAGAAGCCAGAGAUGGCAAAGGGAAAUACACAGACAGAGAUAUAACCAAGUUGGAGAAGAAGUGUCGGCAACAGUAUGAUGUGGUACAGAAGUGUGACAAAGAAUACAGUGAAGCUUGCCAAAAAGCAGAAGCAGCUCGACAAGAAUGGGAUCUCAGCAUAUUAAAGGGUGCUGCUCAGAUGCAAGUUAUUGAAGAGGAUCGCAUCAACAAGAUGCAGGAAUUACUAAAGGUCUUUAACUCAAAUAUAUCACAACAGGGUCCGCAGUUGUCUCAGGCUUAUGCGAAUUUGGAUAAAGUUGUUAGCCAAAUCGACUUAAAAGAAGAUUUGAAAAAUGUGAUGAAAGAGAGAGGGACAGGUCCACCUCAGCCCCAUCAGAUUUUGUUCGAUUGUUACGCUGAAGAUAUGAACCUCGCCAUGAACGUAAACCGACGUAAACAGGCCCUCAAAAGUUACUUGUUUUAUAUUGAAUCUGCAGUCGAGCGUGAGAAAAAGGGGAAAGAAGGGGUGGAGAAACUAUUACAAGUGUAUAAAGACCGACCAAACUUUGCAGAUGCCGAUGCACAAGACGAAGCAAAGAAUCGUUUGAUGCAGGUAACAUUUACAUUGAACUUCCUUGAAGCCAGCCACUUGAAGAUAAACACUGCAUUAUCUGUGAUGAAUGGUCAGAGCAAACCAAAUCAUCGGUUUGUUCAAUAUAUAGAGACCUUAAAGGACAAACAGGGCAUUCCAACAUCAACACUUCGACUUCCUCUCAACAUAGCAUUAGAAGGUGGCACCUCAUAUAUAGCCACUUCUAACAGCACUGGCAGUGUUGAACAUUCUCCUCCUGUUUCACCAUAUGAUGAUUUCGACCAAGAAGAAUUUUCUGAUGACGAGUUUGACAAUAAUUAUGAGUAUCCAGGUAGUGUUGGCAGUACUGGCCAAUGCCGAGUAAUGUAUGAUUACUCAGCGAACGCUGAUGAUGAGCUUGACAUCAAACUAGGUGACAUAAUCAAUGUUUACACUCGUCAACCUGAUGGCUGGUGGCAAGGAGAGUUACAUGGUAAAGUGGGGAUAUUCCCUGCUAACUAUGUGGAGGAGAUUUAACGGUUUUGUGUGUGUGCGUGCGUGUGUGUGACAGACUGAAACUUUUCAAAGGAACUGGGCAAAAUUUUGGCAAAUUCUGGAGACCAGAAUUUAAAAAAAAAAAAGAUAAAAACUUGAGUGGAAUAAAAAAGCAAAAGACUGAAAGUGAAAGACGAAGGGCAAGUAAAACUGAAGGAACUUCCUCCCUCACUUUACACAUCUCACACACAACCUGUGUUUGUGGAUCAGAAACGAAGGACAAAACUACAUUGGCUACAGCAAUUGUCCUUUCAGCUUGUAUAUAGUGCUACUACUACUACUACUAUUAUUCCUGUUACUACUACUACUACUCUAGUCAUAAUAGUCUUGACUUUAUUAUUUAUCGGACAAUGGAUAAAACAUGUCCGGUAGUUGAAAAAUAGUCUGACAUUGUUAUCGGACAAUUCAGUGUCCGAUAGUUGGCUGUUGUCUAUUCUAUUUGCUUUUUUUCAGUCAGACAGGAGUUGUUAAACAACUUCCAGUUUUAUUCUCCUUUUUAAUUUAUUUUUACUUUUCUUCUUGACAAAUUCUCUGGUGAUGUCUUUGGUGAUAUAAGCUCAUGCCAAACUAAAAUAAGAUACAAAGAGGCUUUGUCUAUCCGACUCUCUCUCUCACACACACACACAUUCAUGUAUUGUUUGUCGAUCAAAUCAAUCCAUGCUGUUGUACCUGAUGCUGUCCCUUACCAACAUAUGAGUCACCCACUCUUGUGUUACUCCCUACACAACUCCAGGCUGCUGUGAAUUUACUGUGAGCAGAAAGACCCUACUACCACCACCAUUAAUCCUUUAUAUGCUCUGCUAUGUCAGUGGGACUUACUGGAUGGUAUUAUAUUAUUGCUUAAAAACUAGAGAUGGCCAACAAACAUGUUUUUGAGCUUCAAAAUCUUAGUUUAGCCGUUGAGUCAUAACUCUCUGUUCAGCUAACUAAACAAUGGGUCUUUCUCUAACUUAAAGAUUGAUUAGAUUAACGGUAACAAAAAGGCUUACCUGCUAACAUAAACUUUUGCAUGUUCAUAAAAGAAAAUUGCUCCAAUAGCAUGCAAACUGUUAGAAAAUAUUCUCACUCGUCUUUACAUUGAAAAAUAGAUGACAAGUGACAGCUUUUUAUUGCUUGGCAGUAUUAAAAGUGCAGUUUAGCAGAUCUUGUAAUGGUCUUUUGUAAUUCAGUGUUGUUAUUGGAAGUAUCAAGUUGGAGUUCACUUGAGUUAGUUAUCAUAGACUUAAUCAGUCACAGAGACAACUUUGUUCCUGUCUAAAAUAUGAAGAAGCUCAAUCGUAUUAUAGACUUGUUUUCACCGAUAGUUAGAAUGUAGUCCUAAACUGCACUACAGGCUAAGAGAAUCUGAACUGAAUCAUUUUAGGUAUUGUCUUUCUCUCUGCUGCUGUUGAUUCUGUUGUUGUCAGUAAUACUCUAAAACCUAGGUGAUGUGUAUUUUACUGUAACAGACUGCUUGGACUAUUGAGAAUUAGUGGAGAGGAAAAUUUUUUUGGAAAUAUAAAAUUUGAUCUGUGGAAUUCUACCACUGAUGAUUCGUAGGCCAGCAAUAUUAACAACUAGGAAAAGUAUUCUAGAUAACCCUACAUAUCUGUCCUCUUAAAAAUAAAAUGACACAAACAUUCUGCUCUUCUGAACAUUGCCAAAACACCAAGAACAAAAAAAAAAAGCAACAAAAUGACCACAGCCCUGUUUGUAAAUAGCAAGUCCCAACUGGCCAUGUGGUUGUUAGGACACAAUUGACUUCCUCGUGAUGCUGUUUGGAAGUCCCUCCUCUCUACAGGCUAAACACACACUCACAGGAAAACUUAAACAAAUGAAUGAAACCCUCUCAUCAAAUUUACUGUUCCCACCACACCUUUUUCUCUGGAUUUUGGGCCAUGGAUGGACACACAGCAAAGCACCGGCAAUAGGAGACUACACAAAAAUCACUGAAUGCUUUCAGCUGAAAAGUUUGGCAUCCUUAAAUUCAAAACUCAGCCUGCUGUGACUGUUAUAUAUAUGUAUAUAUAUAAAGUAAAAUGAAAGCAAAAAAACAAAAAAAAAACGUGCAUUUACUACAAACUGCACAUUGCUGUUAUGGAAUCACGCAUAAAACUGAUGCAGUGACAUACCUUGUUAAUACUUAACAUUUUGGUUUUGGUGGUUCUAUUCACACAUUUGGAGAUACACCAGAAGGAAUCUUUCAAUUUGGAUUUAUUAAAAAAAAAAAAACUUCUCAAAAUAAGUAAUUUUAAGCUUUUAAAUUUGUUGAUCUAAAUAAAUACUUAAUAAAGAGCAAUGGAAUUUUCCAGAGACUUUGAAAGC